AGUCAAAACACCAUUCUCGCCUCACUACUGCUCCGCCCACCACCGCCGCAUCCCUACCGAUCACGACUCCAACCCGCCUCAUUCACACCCCGAUACCCGAACAUCCUCCACCGAACUUCGAUCACGACCGACUUCACACGUCUCUGCCACUCGCCAUCCGCCCUCCCGCUGCCCGCCGCCUCCCCCUCAUCCCUCCGUCGAUUCCCACCACACCCAAAAGUGCCCCAUCGUCACGCUUCCUGAGCCUCCCUCAAACUCCAGCGCUUCUCUCACCCGCCACCUCGCUCCUCCCUCCUCGCUCCUCCCGCACGCUCACGUCCUCCUCCUCCUCCUCUCCCGCGACUCGUCUCCCAGACGUCCUCUGGUGACGACUCCCCGCCCUCGAUUCCCUUCCCAGGCACUCCCGUUGCGAUCCGUCUUGAUGGAUAACCUAUGGACCCGCCGCACAAACUCCGGCAAGCUCUCCCUCUCGACGCCCGGUCAAGCCUCCAACGGUGAUUCCUUCGGUCGCAAUGCCUCCUUCUCUAAGCGCCAAGGCGGCGACCCGUCCCAAGGCAAAUCCAACCCAUUCAACGCCUCUGCCCCGGGUAGCGCCCUGGUAUCCCCUACCAGCGGCGCAUCCAGCGCCUUCGGCCUAGGCUCUGGAGCCUUUGCGUCCUUUGGCUCUGCUAAGACGCCUAAGACGUCGGCCAAUCCAUUCGACUCCGCAAUGGGGACGGCCGUCGCCAGGCCUGGGCCGACUAAGGACUCUGCAAAGGCCGUGGGGAAACCUCCUGGCAUGGCCUCCAUCUCCGAGAAUAAGACGUCGGCGUUGUCGGCCAUUCCCCAAUCACACCCACUGAAGGAAGCCUGGUCCUUCUGGUACCGACCACCGAUUUCCAAGGCCCACGGCUUCAUCGAAUACGAGCAGACACUGCACGGCAUCGCCAGUGUGCAGACGGCGGAGGAGUUUUGGGAGAUAUAUUCGCACCUGAAGCGCCCCUCGGCCCUUCCGGUAGUGUCCGACUACCACCUGUUCAAGAAGGACAUCCGCCCAAUAUGGGAAGACGACGUGAACAAGAAGGGUGGUAAGUGGGUGGUUCGCAUGAAGAAAGGCGUGGCCGACCGAUACUGGGAGGACCUGCUACUCUCCCUCAUCGGCGACCAGUUCGGCGACGCGGGUGAGGAUGUGUGCGGUGCCGUGUUGAGCAUGCGGAACGGAGAGGACAUUUUAAGCAUCUGGACUCGAACGGACGGUGGCCGUGUCAUCAAGAUCCGUGAGACCAUGAAGCAUGUCCUCAACUUCCCACCCAACACGCGGGUUGAGUUCAAGAGCCACGACUCGAGCAUCCAACAACGGACAGCAAUCGAGGAGCAGCGCCGCGAAAAGCAGGGCCAGCACCACCACCACGACAAGCGCCACACAGGCGGCUCGUCAAAGCAACCCCCUGAGCAGUCCCAGUCGUAAAUAUUUUCGCGGCCCCCCCCCCCCAACAUUUAUGUACUGUAUAAUAGGUAUACAGGGCCACCCCGAUUGUGAUUUGCAAUCGCCGACCUCCUUUAUUCUGCAUCUUCUCUUUUUGCGUUCGCCCUCUGCUUGACACGGUGACGACGACUGUUCUUGGAUAGGGUUCCUCAUAUGUUGUUCAUUGAAGGAUGGGACGGGCAACGGGACGGAUGGAUGGGAUGGCAUGGGUUGGUUAUGAGGGCUAGCGAUUUUGUCGAAAUGGGUUAUGUACUAUAGCUGCCUGCGGGCACAGCACGGCUGGCGAGGCAGCGCUUUUGAAUUGUGAGGUUAAGAAUCACAAACCAAGGCAAUCUUUUUUUGCG